CGUCUUGCAAUCUCCUGCAAUGGCUUCAGAUAUCCCGGUAUUCUGUAGCCUCGGUUUGUUCGAUGGGGUAACUGCCGGUUUGGGGUGUGACGACCUUUACCAUCAUUUGUUCGAAAAAUGCGGCCUCGGAUCGGCAGCAAAAAUGUGCAGGAGUCAAAACAAAAACGUCACGGUAUAUACGUUUAGUGGAGUUAAAGUUUAGCUUUGAUAAGAGGUUUUGCGACAUAUCGCACCCGACGCUGCUACGCCUCAUUUGAGAGGAUACUGUGCUUAUUGUUCAAGUCUAUGAUCAUGACCAUUGAUAUAAUGAGUCAUAUCUUGACAUGAUGGAAAUUACAGAACUAACCAAGAGCAAGAAAUGACGGCUACUCUUAUAAAUUU